AUGAGUAGCGCGGGGCAAAAGCAAUACAUUGACGGUUUCCCAUCCCUUGCGCAUUUCAUUGCUAGCGAUAGAGAUGGCACAUCUGCGAUAUUUAAGAGAUUUAAUCGCCUGGCAGCGAGGAAUUUACUUGUGCUGCAAAGCGAGCUAGCAGAGCUAGAGGCUAAGCUUGACUCUUAUGACGACGCAGACCAAACGAGCAGAGAGUCAUUACAGACGCUCAGAAAUUGGGAAGUCUAUAAGGCGAAGAAUGAGGAGAACUCGGACCGAAGGAAGCUUCUGCGGGAGAUACAAAUCACCUUGAAAGACUACAGGGAGGCCAUUUUAUUUGAGGGUACUCUGGCAACAAUACCACAGCCUGAUAGAAGGACGCUAAAGGCAUUUCGUAUACACUUCUUCCACGGACGCCCGGAAGAAAGCAGGGAUUUUCCUAUGCUCGGCGGCCGCAGUUCAAAUCUUUACGAUGACCCCGAUGAUCUCUUGGUACUACAUACUCGAGAGCCACCAGAUCGAUUGACAACGUUUGUGCAAGACUAUUUUGGCUUUCUAUUCGAGGAACCAGAUACCCAUGUUGCUACGGCAGGGUCAUCCAUAAGCUAUGCGUCAGGAAAGAGAAUAUCGACCUUUAUCUCGUGGCUGAGCACCAUCUUGGCAGCCCUGCUCUUGAUCGGAGCUAUUUUGGUCCUCUACAACACGAAUUCGGAUAACUUGAAGCUUGGCCUGAUUGCGCUAUUUACAGUUUUGUUCUCUGCAAGUAUUGGCUUGUUGACCAACGCCAAAAGGGCAGAGGUAUUUGGAGCUACAGCAGCUUAUGCGGCUGUGCUAGUUGUGUUUGUCAGUGGAGAUCUGGGGAGUUAA